CAGGAAUCAUUCAAACUGGAUUUUUAAAUCAUUGCAAGUCAAUGAUGUAUCAGAAGUUGCAGAGUGCAAGCCCAAGUAACAGUCUUCAAAAAAUUUUGCUUCACAUAACAGAGAAAGGAAAAUUGAUCUACCAUCUUAAAACCCUGAUCUAGAAAAAAUAUAUAUUCAUCAUAAGAAAUUAUAACUGAGAAAAAUUAUUUUCCUCUUAAUGCACCUGAAUGAAAGGAAGUAUCCCUUUGUUUCUUGGGAGGAGUUGUAUGUCUGAGAUUGUCAUAAUAAUGAGUCAUUUUAUUAAAACCUUGACAUGAUCACCAGGGAAGAGAAAUAGAGCAAUAGCUGGAACUUGUGUGUUAGUCCAAGAUGACUUCUGAAGAAAUGACAGCUUCUGUUCUCAUACCUGUGACUCAGAGAAAAGUGGUUUCUGCCCAAUCAGCUUCAGAUGAAAGUAGUGAAAAGGUCUCAGACAUCAAUAUUUCAAAAGCACAUACUGUCAGACAGAGUGGGCAGACUUCUCAUACCAUCUCACGACUGAACAAACUUAAAGAAGAAUCUUCUGGAAGCAACUUGCCAGAGAUUCUCUCAAUAGCAAGGGAGAAAGUAGUGAGUGAUGAGAACAGUAAUGAAAAAUCCUGGGAGAAAAGCAUACCAGAUUCUGUGAAAAACCUUAACAUUAACUGCAACAACAUGUUAAGAAACCAUCAGCAUGGCCUUCCUCAGAGACAAUUUUAUGAAAUGUGCAACUCUGUCGCUGAGGAAGACCUGUGUUUAGAAACUGGAAUUCCUUCUCCACUGGAAAGAAGGGUGUUCCCUGAAAUUCAACUGGAACUAGACAGACCUCCCAUGGACAUUAGUCCUUUGGGAAAUCAGUCGGCUAUCCUAGAGACAGACAGAGCACACCCUGACAGCAGCACGACAGUGUUUCAUUUUCAUUAUGAAGUUGAAAGAAGAAUGUCAGACACUUUCUGUACCCUAUCAAAAAACUUAAUUUUAGAUGACUGUGGAAAUUGUGUACCACUACCCAGGGGUGAGGAGAAGCAAAAGAAAAACUACGUGGCAUAUACCUGUAAACUAAUGGAAUUGGCAAAAAAUUGUGAUAAUAAGAAUGAGCAGCUGCAGUGUGAUCAUUGUGACACCUUGAAUGAAAAAUACUUUUGCUUUGAAGGCUCUUGCCAGAAGGUUGACAUGGUAUAUUCAAGUGAUAGUUUUUGCAGGGAAGAUUUUAGUGACAGUCAAGCUGCCAAGACCUUUUUGAGCCAUUUUGAGGACGUCCCUGAUAAAUGUGAAGAUGUAGAAGAUGACUUUUUUAAAAGCAAAAAGGAGCGGUCCACUUUGUUAGUCAGAAGAUUCUGCAAAAAUGACAGAGAAGUUAAGAAAUCUGUGUAUACCGGAACAAGAGCAAUUGUGAGAACUCUGCCUUCUGGCCACAUUGGGCUGAUUGCAUGGAGUUACAUUGAUGAGAAGAGAAAUAAUCCCUUACUGUCUUGUGGGAGAGUAAUGGAACCCCUGUCAACGGUGGAGAUAAGGCAAGGUGGGAGCCGACAUCUGUCAGAAGCCCAGUGGUAUCCUAUCUACAAUGCAGUGAGAAGAGGAGAAGAAACAGAAAAUACAGUUGGAGCUCUACUCCAUUUCUUCACAAAGCUCCCAGCCUCUGAGACAGCCCAUGGAAGGAUAAGCAUUGGUCCGUGCUUAAAGCAAUGUGUCCGAGACACUGUAUGUGAGUAUCGUGCCACCCUCCAAAGGACAUCAAUAUCGCAAUACAUCACCGGUUCUCUCCUAGAAGCAACCACCUCUUUGGGAGCAAGAAGUGGCCUUCUCAGUACUUUUGGAGGAUCCACUGGACGAAUGAUGCUGAAAGGUAACGCCUGA